AUGAGUAUGAUCCAAGUUGUUUUUGCCAUAAGAAAUGGUUUCAGUAGCAAAACACUGGAUCCUUGUCUCUACAUUCUGAGAUUUGCCUCAAAACUCGAAUUUGGAGCCAAAACGCAACAAGUCACCAACACUGCUCUACGAAUGGUCCAGAGAAUGAAAAGGGACAGUUUACAUUCGGGAAGGCGGCCUUCGGGACUUUGUGGUGCUGCUUUGCUGAUGUCAGCACGUCUGCACGAUUAUAACCGCUCCAUAGCAGAUAUUGUAAAAAUUGUCAAGGUUCACGAAUCUACGAUGAGAAAAAGACUGCUAGAAUUUGGCGAUACUCCAAGCAGCACGUUGACGCUAGAUGAAUUUAUGACAGUGGAUCUUGAAGAAGAACAGGAUCCGCCAUCCUUCAAGAUGGCUAGAAAAAAGGAUAAAGAACGGCUACAAAAGUUAAUAGAAGAAGACGCUGAUAACAUUAGUGACCUUCAAAAAGAAAUUGAAAGUCAAUUAGUGGAACAGAUUAAAAAAAGAUCGGGGUCUAGUAAGGUGGAACAGACAGAAACGAGAAGGUUUAUUGACGAAUCAACUUUGGGCACUAUUCACCAGAUAAUGGACGAGGAAGUAGUUGUUCCAAAACGCCCUGGCCCAGUAGGAUUAGGGCCUAAUAUUGAUAGUAUAGGUCUUCCUGCUUCAUUAGAUGACACCACAAACGCCAUCCAACCCCAAAAACCUGCAGAAGACGAUAUGGAGGUGAAUUUAGAAGACUUGGACGACGAUGAAAUAGAUUCCUAUAUUAUGAGUGAGAAGGAAUUUUCCGAAAAGAAUAAAGUGUGGCUUCAAAUGAAUGAGGAUUAUUUGAAAGUGCAAAAAGAAAAAGAAGAGCAAUUGCAAAAGGAGCGAGAAGAGGGGAAACCUGAAAAGAAACCUCGGAAGCGACCAACUAAAAGAGCACGCAUGGGUCCGGCAAAUUCAGCAGGGGAAGCUAUAGAAAAAAUUAUACAAGAAAAGAAAAUUUCUUCAAAAAUUAACUAUGACGUUUUGAAGAAUCUGAAUACUGUCGCUACAAACGAUGCAAAUGAUGAUAUUGUACCAUCUACAUCGCAGCCUAAAAGACCAUUAUCAGUUAUUACCGAAGAAUCUCCUGUAAAAAGAAAACGCGUCAGAACUAAAUCUGUUGGACUACCAUUUGUUGAAAGCAAACAGUCAGAUCCCACAAGUAAACCGGAAGCUGAAUCUAAACAAGAGUCAGCGAAAAACCAAAAUGAUGAAGAGGAAGAAGAAGAAGAAGAAGACUUCUAUGAAGAAAAGCCGGAAGAAACUGCUAAAGAAAUGGGAGUUUUGCAAAUGUUAAAACAGCAUCACGAAGACGAAAUUGGUGGGGAUGAAUAUGGAUAUGAUGAUUACGGAUAUGAGGAAGAUUAUUGA